GGCUGACCACAAAUCCGACAGCCAAUCUUCAAGCGCUAUUCCUCGACUUCACAACCUAAUCAGAAAAGAAGGCUGCGCUCCUACCUUGGCGGCUGGUUAACUAGGGAGGUCGUUUGGGGGAGAGAGCGAAGGAGGAGGCGGAGCGAUCCAAAUCACGUGAUCUCUUUCUUUCCAGAAGUGUUUCGUUUGGACUCCAAGCCGCAGGGAGGGACAGAAGCGAGGCAAAGGCUCUCGGAUUAAGGCGGUACCCUUGUUCAGGCGGUCAACAAACACAUAAAGAGAAGUAGGGAGGGAGGUGCUGCCAACCCCGUGCCCUCCGGCGAUGUAUCUAAACAGUUUAGAGGGCGGUGCUCCACGAAUUUAAGAACAAAAAUCUGAAGCGGGAAACUCCUUACUCGUCGAGGUUUCCUGAGCGAUUUGAAACCCAAGUGUCAGAUUCAAGAUCCAACAACUUGGAGACCCCAAAUGAUGCCAGCAAGUGAGCGGCAGAUGAUGGGAUGGCAGCAAGCCACAUCACCCUGAGAAGUAAAGUGAAGCAGUGCAGCAGCCAAGGCUCUCUCCAACCACCUGCCAUCUUUCUUUGAAUGAAACAUUCCCCAGAGCAAGAGCAACAGCAAGCUUAGACAAUUGGAUACCAUGUUUUGAAGUGCAGGACCAAUGAGGAUGCCAGAGGUGCCAGUCCGAGUCUUGAAAAUUACAUACAGCUGAAACAGUAAGUGAGAAAGAGUGUUGCUCUUCCAACUUCUUCCUUCACCAAAUGUUAAGAGUGGACUACUCAGAGAAGCUUUCUAGUGCGUGGGACGUAGCCAAAUAAGGAUUAGUAUUCAUACUUCUAGCUGAAGAAAACGGCUUCUGUCUGGAAUGCAAGUCAUUACUCAGAUUUCUGCUUACUGCAAGUUGACGGUGGUCUUGAAGAAAUGAUCUACUCACAGAAGACAGAAUUAAUGUUCUCCAGACCCAGUCUAAAGGGGUUCCUCUGGCUUGGCCUCUUUGUACUUCAGUCUGUUGGUUCAGGCACUGUCCAGAUAACAGCCAAAGUAGGGAAUGUAGCCACACUCCCUUGCAACUACAAAAUGGAAGAGCCCCUGACAUCUUACAUGAUCUACUGGCAAAAAACUGUACAUGCCGGCGUAUCUGAUCUGGUUGUGAUAGCUUACAGUCAUGGCAAUGAAACCAGCAGUCGGAACAUACUUUACCUGAACAGGACAAGGAUGGAUGAAAAGAACCUUACACUUUGGAUAUCCUCUGUGAAAGUGUCAGAUGAGGGCGAAUAUAAGUGUGUUAUCAUACUGCAUGAAAAUCACAUACGUAAUGAACAUGUAUAUUUAUCUGUGGAGGGCGAUGUUAGCAAGCCCAUCAUACAUGUUGAUGUACCGCAUAAUGCCUGUGGCCCAACAGAGUUGACACUGAGAUGCUCAUCUCAUGGAGGAUAUCCACAGCCUGAGAUGUCUGGGUUCAUCAAUAAUGAAACAGUGCAGUGGACCUAUACUUCCACAUCUGACAACCAAACUAAACUUUUUAAUAUUACCGGCCACUUGGAGCUCAAUGUGUCUGAAGAUAUCUUGGUUCAAUGCUUAGUUGGGUAUCGACGUUUCCAAGUGUCCACCAACCUCUCCUUGUUACCAAAAGAAUGCCCUACUGUGCCUCCAUCACCUCGAUCACCUCCUUCACAUGGGAUCGUUAUUGCUUCUGUUGUGAUCCUCAUUUUUCUUGUAGCUGUGAUAGGGCUGACAACAUUCCUCCAGUCCCGCAAGCACACCUUGUCUCAUCAGCCAGUGGCAACACUUGAAAUGACACCGCAGAAGCUCUCCAAUGGCACAUCAGAAACAGUAUUUGCCUGACUACACAGAGACUUGGGUUUGAUUUUCAACAUUCUGCUCUGGUAAAAUGGACAUCUAUCCUGAAUCCCAGAAACCUGAGUGUGUUGCUCUUCACAACUCCCAAAGAGUAUCUCUCUUUCUUCCCCAGGUGGGAUAAAAGCAGCUUGGGGUAAGAGCAUUACUUUUCAGCAAAAAAACAAUUUGAGGGGCAAGGUUUAAACAUACUGGCUGUUCCACUUCAACACCAUUUUUACAACAACAAAAAUCCCCAAAAUGACCAAGAAACUACACACAAUGUGUAAUACCAUCUUCUAGACUGCUGGUUAGGUUGCAAGGGGAAAUGAUCUUCACGAGCAGAAAUCUUCAGUGACAUUAAUUUCAAACUAAAGAAGAUGGAGAUGCUCCCCCCUCCCCCAAACAGGGAGAAAGAACUCCCGCCAGAGUACUCCCUGUUGAACAGAUUGGACAACUCCAGACAUCUUACUGCAUGAAGCAGUGGGAUGAACUUCUUCCUUGUAAGUAGCUCCUUUAGUAAAUGAGCACCUAGGCAGCUGUUUCAAGUGACAAGCUUGUUGAGAAGGAGCAAUAUUUUGUCAGUGCAGUUGUCUUUGGAUGCAUUAAUAACAAUACAGGGGAAAGCAAACCCUUCUUUUAUGGGGUACUCACAACCUAGUUCUCAGGUUGUUUGUAACCUGGACUGAAAAGCUGGUUCAUAAUACAGCCUUAAGCACUUCCUUCAGAAAGUAGUACAAAAUGUGAGGUUUGAAAUCUCUUUCAAGGGCCGUUGUGCAUAAAUAUGUCUAAUUUGUUUUGGGGGGGAUAUAAAUGCUUAUAUUUUGUGGUAAUGAAUGCAAAGUUUACCAUGUAUUACAUGAAGAAGCAGGGUGAGUUGUGCUUUUUUGGUCCUGUACCUACUUGCAGUUGAUUGCAUUGGAUGACCUCAAAGUAUUUUACACAUUUUUAUGCCAUCCGAUCUCCUCUCCAGCAUUGGCCCUUUUAAUGUAUGCACCACACACUCAUUUGCUAACAGAUGGUAAUGUUCUGCCAGAUAUAAGAUGAGGGGAGGGGGACCCUUCAUAACCAGAAAUGUAACGGUGGUUGUAAGCCACAAACUCAUCUUUUUAAGCUUUAAAAAGAAUGAUGAGGCUGAUAAUGGGGCACUGUAUUUUUGAGGCAGCAGUCCCAAAGUUCAUUAAUCUUUGCUAAACUAGCUCUCAUUCUCAUUGUAAUAAAAUCCACUGUAAUGUAUUUAGUGUAAUGAAGAGAUGUUCUCACAAUUCAUUGCCACCCAUGCACAUGCAGUUGGCAACAGAACGGAAGGUACCACCAGUACAGUUCUGACACUAGAUAGAGCAUGUCCAGGACCAAUAUUCUCUGCUAUGUAGGGAAGAGCGGUUUCUCAUUUUAGAAACUCCCCUUAGACUUAAACUGCAGCUUGCACAUAAGGUAUCCCUCUCGCAUCUAAUUUUAUUUAAAGCACCAAUACAAGAUAAUAAGCUUCCCAGGUUUAUACUUUCUUAUGCUCGUUACUGUGGUCCUUCUAAAGGGACAAAAUAUGAGGGCAACAAGUACUGUUUAUUGGCCACAUGAGUAUUUUGAAUGUUCAUUUGCUACUGCUGUAAUAAGCUUUAACAGUAUGUAUAAGCUUUAAUGGGGUAUGUACAUGUCUGUGUAUCAGGAAUUCAAUACAUAUAACCACAAUUAACUCUUAGUGCAUUGUGCCCUCUAAGGUUCAGCAGGGUACUUCCAUGGCAGUCAAUGGAGAGGGAAAAUGCCCAAGAGCCCAGCAUUUUAUUUUCUAAUUCACUCAGUUCAUCCUGUAAACAGGCUGUAAGCUACCAUUCUUCUUUGGUUCAACAGAGUUGACCCAUGCAUUGAAGAAAGCAGACCCCAGUUUCAUAGACACAUCACAGGAAAAUCACAUUCCCACAUAAAAGCUUGUCUCCAAGGUGAUUAACAUGGGGGGGUCGAAGGGUUUUUACAGUGUGUGUGCUUCCAAUUAGUAAACCUUUCACUUCAGUCAAAUCACAUAAUAGGAACAGUCCUAUAUGUUUGAAGCAGCACAGAAUUUCCUGCAAAGUUCCCAAAUAACAUACUAAUUUGGGACAUUUAAACAUCUCAUUUUCCUAGCUACUAAACUGUGAGUAAAAACUGUAAUUAUGCCAAAACAGUAUAUUAGGAUUAGCUUUUCAGUAAAUCUUUAUAUUCUGUAUCUUCAGCCUGAGGUAGCUGCUGUUUUUAUUUUUAAUAAAUACUAUUUUUAUACAGAUAUACCAAUAAAAUAAAGUUAAGCUUUGCUCUUGUACAUCAUACAAAAUGUACAUAUUUAUUCCUGGUUCUUGCUUUUCAGUGAACUGUAC